AUCGAAUGUUUGAAAUAUUUCAAAUACAUCUCUCGAUGUCAACCAUCGAUCCAAGCUCCUCACCCAUCACCACGGUCGUCGCGACCACGAAGGACGAGAAUGCCGCCGCGAUAGCUGCAUCAUCAUGUAUCCGCAAAGUGGGACGGCCCAAGUCUCCCAUCCAUGCCGAGUUCGAGUGGAGUCCAAAGUUUGGCGAUCUGAAGUGCGACCAAGCCAAGUGCAAGCAUUGUGGAUGGCGAGGCGCGUACUCGAAGCAGAACAUGGAUCGUCACUGGAAGAACUGUCUGCAGCGUCCGCGAGAAGACUUGCAUGCGUUGGAAGCUCGGUACAUUUGAAAUGAAUUUGAAAUGUGGACCGUUUGAAAUACCUCUGCGAUGCAUGCAGUGCAGUACAGUAGUCCAACUUUCACUAUGAUUAGACGCCGCUUCCUGAGUACCGUGCCCAAGCGGUUGACGUCCACGGAACGCUCCUUGGGUCUGGCCAAGGUCCCCGACUGGAAGAUCGUCGAAGGCCGUGAUGCCAUCUACCGCCGCUUCGAGUUCAAGGACUUUAGCGAAGCGUGGGGUUUCAUGUCCCGCGCGGCCCUCGCGGCCGAGCAAAUCAACCACCACCCCGAAUGGUUCAACGUGUACAACCGCGUCGAAGUCACGUUGAGCACCCAUGACUGCGACGGCUUGUCCCAAAAUGACAUCAACUUGGCCACCAAGUUGGAUGAAUUCGCCAUUGGCCUCAAGUCGCAGCAUGAUAUCUAGGCAUAUGUACAUACAUUCCCUUGGGCUCGCUGUAAUAUACUAGUGUAAUCACCGUCGAUGUACAAUGUAACCGAUGGAUCCAC